GUCUCAUACAUUAAUUAGCACCGCUCAACAGUGGAAACCCUGUUGGCUGCAGAUAUUUGCGCAGCCUUAUGCCUGUCAAUCAACGCUAAUAAUUUAGCGUGGAAAUCAACGCUAUUGUAUAGCGGCUAAAUUGAACUGCCGGGCAGCAACCACAUUUUCUCAGUCAACGCCCGUCGUAUCGCAUAUUUUGUGUCGGACGUUGUCGCAAAACGCAUCAUCAUAUUGUCGGCGACAAUUGCUAGCUAUAUUCAGUCUACUCGCAUAUGAUAUUGAGCUUGGCUUGGCACCUCUCGUUCCACACGGUCGCUGUCUCCCCUCGUUCACGGAUGCGAGCCCGCUUCGCAAGCAGGGAGUAUAUAAAAACCUCGUUCAACCUCAGAGGUUGCCGCCCCCUACGCGACCUCUUGCUGGACAAGAAAUCGCCUUUAGCCCCUAUCGCUGCCUUCUAAUAAGACCUUCGCCCUCCUCCUUCUCAGUAACGCGCUUACUAAUGCCCCUCGGCGAUCGUCAAGGGUCGCAACACCUCCAACAAUGUUUGAACUCAAAGGGCCGUCGAUAUCCAACUCGAAUCUGUGGAUCAACGAUGAUGUCCGACCAAUUGAAAGCCAACGACGCACAUGGGGCUUCUUUGCGCUACACAAUUAUAUGCUGCUCUCCAGUCUUAGCAUAUCGUCCUUUUUCUCCGGAAGCGCUCUGAUCCCUCUGGGUCUGACGUGGUGGCAGUCCAUCAUCUGCAUCGUUCUCGGAAAUCUGGUAUCGGCUGCUGGCGUAUACAUAAACUCCAUCGCUGGUCUUGACUAUCACAUUGGCUUCCCUGUUCUCAGCAGAGCAGCUUGGGGCAUGUGGGGAUCGCUUUUCACCAUCUGGAACCGCAUCUUUCUUGCCAUUGUUUGGUACUCGGUUCAGGCUUUUGUCGGAGGACAGUGCUUCUAUCUCAUCCUGCUUUCAUGGGACCUUGAGCUCGAGAAGCAUAUACCAAAUACCAUGCCCUCAGAUAUUGGCAUGACAACUGCUCAAUUCGUUGCAUAUAUUCUUUUCAUGGUGUUUUCGCUUCCCUUUCACUAUAUCCAACCGCAUCGCCUUCAGACGUUUCUGAACAUCACCAGCAUUGUUAUCGGCGCGUUUUUCACAGUAUUCUUAAUAUGGGCAUUGGCUACCAUGGGGCCCCACGGCUUUGGCGGCACCAUAACAGACAUGACACCACUUUCAGCAACAGGCGGGCCACAGAGCGUUGUUUGGUUAGUGCUAUAUGGCAUUAGCUCUACCGUCGGUGCAAUCUCAGCCGGCAUUCUGAAUGGCAACGAUUACACUCGUCUCUCAAAUACUCGCCGGGGCCCUUGGGCUGUCGCUUUUUCACUGUUUUUCUAUACGACUCUGUGUUCUGUUGCUGGCAUCCUUGUUGUUGCGGCCACACAGGAACGAUUGGGCGGGCCUGAGUGGAAUCCUGUUAUGAUCUUGCAGCGCUUGGUUGAAUUAAAUCCAACUGCAGGUACCCGCGCAGCCAUAUUCUUUGCAGGGCUCACGCUUGCCGUUGGACAGCUUGGAAUCAACAUUUCCGGCAACGGUCUUUCUGGGGGCAUCGACUUGUCUGCGAUUCUCCCCAAGUACAUUGAUAUUCGUCGCGGAGCAUAUGUGACGGCGCUGCUGAGUCCUGUAAUCAACCCUUGGCGACUGGUUGGAACUGCGUCGAUAUUUUUAUCCGUUGUUGCUGGCUAUAGUGUCUUCCUAGCCCCCAUGGUAGGCAUCAUGGUGGCCAGUUAUUUCGUCGUCUGUAAGCGCAAGCUUGACGUUGAUAGCCUCUUUACGGGCAACUCUGCAAGCAUAUAUUGGUAUACCUGUGGGGUCAAUUGGCGCGCUCUCGUUGCUUGGCUGGUUGGGGUUGUACCCGCUUUCCCAGGCUUUCUCGCAUCCAUAAGCCCUGCCAUUGUGGUUUCAGACGGCGCCAUAGAGCUUUACUUUGUUAACUGUCUUUACGGCUUUUUCGCCAGUUGUGCUGCUUACGUAGCGCUUCAUUGGCUGCUCCCAGCCGCGAGUAUCGAUGCCUUUACCAACGAUACGAGGAGCGCCCGAGAGGUGCAAGAGUACUAUAGAUACCGCUGUGAAGACAAACGGCUGUUUGGAAUGGGAAACUAUGAGUCCGAUUAGAGCGACGGGCGGCAAGUGCUGGCCCAUAACGCUGCAUGAGAUACAAAGGUGGCUGAUCAACACCCCCAUUACGGCCCGUAGACUUAAAUUAACUUACAGAUCCAGUUAGUUACAAUACAGUAGAUCCUAUUCUUAAAUAUAUCCACCAAACAUGGGUUGGCCCCAUACUCUUUAUAUACAAACAAU